UGUUUUAUUCUCUUCAGUUGUGUCUGUGGAGAUGAGCUGUUUGGAUCCAUAAAAACACACAGUGUGGUUAAUAUGAACUUUUUUCCAAGUGGAAUCUGUUUUUAUGUGUCUGUAGCAGUCUGCUGGUUCCCAAAGGUCCACGCGUCCUGGUGGUACAUGGGCACCCUGGGCUCCCAGGUCAUGUGCGACAACAUCCCCGGCCUGGUGAACAAGCAGCGCCAACUGUGCCGCCAGCACCCCAAAGUCAUGCAGGCGAUCGGGGCCGGGAUGAAGGACUGGAUCUCUGAGUGCCAGCACCAGUUCCGCAACCACCGCUGGAACUGCAGCACCAUCGGCAGGGACCAAAACCUAUUUGGACGUCUGCUCCUACGCAACAGCAGAGAGGUGGCCUUUGUCUACGCCCUGUCCUCGGCCGGAGUGGUUUAUGCGUUGGCACGAGCCUGCAGCCGGGGUGAGCUGGACUCCUGCUCCUGUGACCCCACCAAGAAGGGUCCGUCGCAGGACGCUCAGGGCCCGUUCAGCUGGGGGGGCUGCAGCGACCACGUGGAGCACGCCGUCCACUUCAGCCAAGCCUUCGUGGAUGCCAAGGAGAGGGAGGAGAGGGACGCCCGAGCCCUGAUGAAUCUGCACAACAACAGAGCCGGCAGGAGGGCGGUGAAGCGUUUCCUGACUCUGGAGUGUAAAUGUCACGGCGUCAGCGGCUCGUGCAGCGUGCGGACCUGCUGGCAGGCCAUGGCUGACUUCAGACACACGGGCGAGCACCUGAGGAGGAGGUACAACGGCGCUGUGCAGGUCGCAGUGAACCAGUACGGCACGGGCUUCACCCCCGCGCACACACACUUCAAACGGCCCGGCAAGAACGACCUGGUCUACCUGGAGGACUCGCCGGACUACUGCAUACGGGACCAGGACUCAGGCUCGAUGGGGACCGGAGGGAGGCUCUGUAACCGGAUGUCCCGCGGCGUGGACAGCUGCGAGGUGAUGUGCUGCGGCCGAGGCUACGACACGUCCCGCCUCAGCCGCACCGUUAAGUGUGAAUGUAAGUUCCACUGGUGCUGCGCCGUCCACUGCCGGGACUGCCAGCAGCAGGUGGACGUGCACACCUGCAAGGGCCAGACGUGACCUAGAACCCACUGGGUGCACCUGGAACUGCACCUGCACUCAACCUGCGGGAUUAUCAGAGGAUACACUCUGAAUCUGUUCAAAGAUCAGCUGAUCAGAGGCUCAUUUUCUCUGUUUUUCAAACUGGACAGCAAGAAGAAAGUUCUGAGAAGUGAGGACCUCCUUCUUUCUUGUUUGUGAAAUGUAUUCAUUCACCUUUGAGCAUGGAUCAGACAACCUGAGACACAUCUACAAAUAAUCUACAGUUAGACACUCAUCCUCAUCAUUAUUAUUUUAUUUGUAAGGAUUUGUUUAAAAGUUGGCCCUGUGAUGGACUUGCGACCUGUCCAGGGUG